AUGCCAAUGCCAUAUACGAAUCUCGCUAUCAUCCUUGCCAUUCUACUAUCGGUUUCAUUAUCCGGACAUGCAGGUCCCUCUUUGCCUCCCGCAACGACCAAACAAGAUGACUUUCACAUAUCCCCAACCGAUGAUUACAAAGGCACUCACUUUGUUCACCAAGGGACGCGCUUGGUGGUGUUCCCAGCUAUCACCCUUGGUCCCGAAGUAUCACCUAUCAAGACGGGUAGUGGAGCAGAUGAUCUAGAUCAAGGGUCAUUGGAGAAAAGGGAUAACGGAUUGGUAGCAAGAAAGAAGAAAAUCAAAUUACCGAAAACGAGCACUACUACCACUACGACUUCCAACUCAACUUCCACUUCCACUUCCACUGCAACCAGAUCUUCUGCAGAGGGAACGAGAGGUAUUGUUGCAAUCCAGUUGAUCGUCGGCAUUGCAGCACUCGUCUCUCUGAUGUUAGGCUUGUCAACCAUUCUGUGA